AUGACGAUGAUGAGCUGGAAUUGCCAGGGAUUGGGCCGUGCACAAGAUCUGGUGAUUCCAAGACUGAGGGAAAUGCGCAAAGAAUAUUUCCCUGAUAUUUUGUUCUUGAUGGAAACUAAGCAGCAAAGAGACGAUUUGGUGGAUCUUCAGACAUGGUUAGGCUAUGAUAGGAUUUUGACAGUAAAUCCUAUUGGGUACAGCGGAGGUUUAGCCGUGCUUUGGAAGAAUUCUGUGCAUAUUGUUUUCAAGUUUGUAGAUAAGCACCUGGUUGAUUUGGUUGUACAGUUCGGGAAGGAUCGGUUUUUUGUUUCGUGUGUAUAUGGUGAACCGAUGAGAAGUAAUAGACCUAAGCUAUGGGAAAGAUUGUCUCGCAUAGGAGCUCACAGAAAAGAUCCUUGGUGCAUGAUGGGAGAUUUUAACGAGAUAAGAAACAAUGAAGAAAAGAUAGGAGGACCGAGAAGGAGUGAAGCCUCUUUUCAACCUUUCAAUGAUAUGCUGGAUAUAGCUGAGAUGGUAGAGCUACCUGGUACCGGGAAUGGUUUUACUUGGGGAGGAAUCAGGGGAUCUCUUUCGAUUCAAUCCAGACUUGACAGAGUUUUCGGGAAUAAGAAGUGGUUCCACCUCUUCCCGGCAUCCAAUCAAGUGUUUCUGGAUAAGAGAGGUUCGGAUCAUAGACCGGUCUUGACUAAACUGAUACUGGCUUCGGAAGCGUACAGAGUUAAAGUCUCGGAUAGACUCAAAAGCUGCAGAAAGGCUUUGAGUAAAUGGAAAAGGAAGGAGACAUUAAAUUCUAGAGACAAGAUCAAACAGAUUGAAGUUGCUUUAGAGGAGGCGCAAUCAUCGCUCAGUCUAUCAACGAUCAGAAUUAACUUCUUGAAAGCGGGGUUAAUACAAGCCUACAAGGAGGAGGAGAUGUAUUGGCAACAGAGGAGUAAAGAUAAGUGGGCAACAAAAGGUGAUCUGAACACAAAAUAUUUCCAUGCUUCUGUUAAAGCAAACAGAUCCAGAAGAAGAAUCAACAAGCUGAGAGAUGAUAGAGGCCAAGAACAUUUUUCUGAAGCUGCCAAAGGGGGAGUUGCAUUGGAAUAUUUCACAAAACUCUUCUCCUCUACUAAUAAUGGAGACUUCUCCGACAUCUUUGAAGGUUUCUCACAACGUGUAACCCCUGGAAUGAAUGAACUUUUGGAUAGAGAGGUCACUAAUGAAGAGGUUCGAGAGGCUGUAUUCUCAAUCAAGCCAAGCAGUGCUCCCGGACCUGAUGGGAUGACGGGAUUAUUCUUUCAAAAGUAUUGGGGUACGAUCGGAGAGCAGGUCACUAAAGAGAUAGAAGAUCCGGUGAUCAUGGCAGACCUAAGACCCAUCAGCUUGUGUUCGGUAUUGUAUAAAAUCAUCUCGAAGAUCAUCGUGAGCAGGAUGAAGCCUCUAAUGGAAGAUAUAGUUUCUCCUACUCAGUCGGCUUUUGUGGAGGAGAGAUUAAUCUCAGACAAUAUUCUUAUUGCCCACGAGAUCAUCCAUGCCUUGAGAACAAAUGAGAGAGUAUCCAAGGAUUUCAUGGCAAUAAAAUCCGACAUGUCCAAGGCCUAUGACCGAGUGGAGUGGAACUACCUGCGUGCUUUGCUGAAAGCGUUGGGUUUUGAAGAUGCUUGGAGUGAAAAGAUUUUGUUCUGUGUUUCAACGGUUAAAUACUCAACGCUCAUCAAUGACCAGCCGUUUGGAUGCAUUCAGCCAGAGAGAGGAAUAAGACAGGGAGAUCCACUUUCUCCAUUUCUGUUUGUAAUGUGUACUGAGGGUCUGAUACACUUGCUAGAGAAAGCGGUUCAGGAAGGAAAAAUUCAAGGAAUUCAAUUCACCUUAGAAGGGCCAAUGAUACAUCAUAUGUUAUUUGCUGAUGAUAGUCUGCUGAUAUGUAGAGCUUCUGCUGAGCAAGCGACUGAAUUGGUGAAGAUACUCAAAAUCUAUGAGCGGGCUACGGGACAGAAGCUGAAUUUAGAGAAGUCGGCCAUCACUUUUGGAUCCAAGGUCACAGAAACCGUGAAAGCCUCAAUCCAAACGAUCACAGAGAUUGCCAAAGAAGGAGGAACAGGAUCGUAUCUAGGCCUUCCUGAAUGUUUCAGUGGCUCUAAAACAGAAAUGUUAGCUUACAUAUACGAUAGGCUCAAGUCGAGGCUGUCUGGCUGGUUUGUUAAGCAAUUGUCCCUUGGUGGAAAAGAGGUUCUGAUCAAAGCAGUAGCUAUGGCGAUGCCGGUGUAUGCUAUGUCGUGUUUCAAACUGACAAAGAGAUCUUGUGAGAACCUGACCAAGGCCAUGGCGGACUUCUGGUGGAACUCUUUAGAGCACAAACGGAAAAUGCACUGGCUCAGUUGGUCUACGUUGUGUCUGGUAAAAGAACAGGGAGGUUUGGGAUUCAAAGAUUUACAAAGUUUCAAUCAAGCUCUUUUGGCCAAGCAAGCGUGGCGAAUCCUCAAUCACCCUGAAUCCCUCUUCGCAAGAUUCUUCAAGAGCAGGUAUUUCGAAAAUUCAGACUUCUUAAAUGCAAAAAAUGGAUCGAGACCUUCGUAUGGAUGGAGAAGCAUACAAUUUGGAAAGGAGCUGUUAUUUCAAGGUUUGAGGAAACACUUGGGUAAUGGAACGACUGUUUCAGUGUGGGUCGAUGAUUGGAUAGAGGGAGAUGUUAGAAGGAGACCGCUGAUGAAAAAUAUCUUCGUCGAUUUGAUGCUGACAGUAGAUAAACUGAUUGACCCUCAAAAUAAUUGUUGGAGGCUGGAUAAGCUGCAAGAGUUGUUUUAUGAAGAAGAUAUCAAAAGAAUUUUGGCGAUGCAAACUGCUUUUGAUCAACAAGAUUAUUGGGUCUGGUUACACAACAGGAAUGGUAGCUAUUCAGUGAAGUCGGGAUAUUGGUUCAUCAAUAGGUUCAACAGAGAAGAAGAAAUCAGAGUAGCAGAGAUGAGACCUUCUUUGAACGAUUUGAAGACUGAAGUUUGGAAAAUUCCCACGGUCCCAAAGAUUAAGAACUUCAUUUGGAGAGCAAUCAGUAAUGCAAUUCCUGUUGGUGAACUUUUGGUCAAAAGAGGUAUCAAAAUGGAUCCGGUGUGUCAAGCCUGUGGCUAUCAGGGUGAGUCUAUAAAUCACAUCAUUUUUGGAUGCUCCAUAGCAAGACAGGUUUGGGCAUUGGCCAAUGUUCCUACUCCGCAAUUUGGUUUCGAUGCCAUUUCACACUUCUCCAAUUUUCACAGUUUGUUUCUGAUGAUGAAAAACAGAGAAAUUGAUGAGAGAUUUAGAAAUGCUAUUCCUUGGAUAGUUUGGUACUUGUGGAAAUACAGAAACAAGGUCAUUUUUGAAGGGAAGAAGUACUAUCCAAUUGAGCUGGUGGAGAAGAUUAUGGAGGAGUCACAUUUAUGGGUUUUGGCUCGAAGUAAUGAGAAUAGAAGGAAGGCGGAAGAACAGGAGGCAGAGAUGGAAGUUGCGAAAUCUUGGUCCGUUCCUCACCGUGGUUGGCUAAAAUGCAACAUCGGAAUAGCGUGGGACAAGAAGCAAUCUGGUAGUGGAGCUUCGUGGGUGGUAAGGGAUGAUCACGGGAAGGUCCAAAUACACAGUAGGAGAGCGUUCUCGAACACUGAUUCCCUUCAUGAAGCGAAGUUCAAAGGUCUACUACCACAGGCAUGGCCAAACUUCAGAAAGCAGUACGUGCAGAUAGUUGAAAGGUUGAAGAAACUGGAAUGGUGGAGGGUGAUGAAGGAAGAUAGAUCAACUAACACAGGCGCUUUCCUCAUAGCUCAGAGUGUGAUUAAGGGAGGCUAUUAUCAGUCGUAUGUUGCAGAGGGGCCACCCUUUUGGUUACGCGAUCUGUUUGAGAGUGAGGAAGCUCCCCUCUGUGUGUAG